AUCGAAUAUUACGUGAGUCGUCUCACAGCAGAGGAAAUAGGCCAAAUAUGCCGCCGAUUUGAAGGGAACGAGUGGCAUCCUAAUUGCCAAGUUCUUUGGAGUGGUUUAGGCCAACAGCAAGUCCAGCAAUGGGCCAACAACCACGGAAUGCAAACGUUGAAGGCAACACUGGGGCCAUUAAGUGAUCAGUGGUAUGAAAAGAAGGGCAAAAGGCAAUUGAGCACGUACAUGAAAGGUGCCUCUGUCAUAUUUGCGUGGUAUAUCUCAAGAGGAAACUCGGUCACAGUUUUGUCGCCACCACCGCCGGAAAGAUUCCACCCGAGUGCACUAACGAAUUAUCAAAUGCUCGAAGAACCCAUCGUAAAAGGAAUGAUUGGAGGAAUAUCUGUAUCUCGAAUUGAAAUUGUUCACCCAAUGGUGAAAGGAGCUGGAAACUUCCAUUAUCAAAUCUGGCCUGUCGAUGAGACUUACUCCUGGAUUGAGAAAUUUGGAAGCCAAGCUGCUCCUAAACCGCAUUGGAGA